AGGGGGAGUACGCAGGAACGAUGUACACGUAUAUGACGGCAUCGAACGGCGAUAAAUACGUGAAAGAGAGGAAGAGAGCGGGACGAGAGGCACGAAGAGCGGAAAAAAGAGAGAGAGAGAGAGACAGAGAUGAGGCUGUACAAUAAUCGAACGUGCUCGCAGCGCAGUGUUUGCAAAAGAGCGAUAUCUAAUCGGCGAAAUACUCGUCGAAAGUAAACCCAAGAACAGGGUGGAGCACCAGGCGCGCAUACAUCGUCGCUCCUCGUUGUUCACGGACAGUUUCGUCCGUUCGUCUCCCGCUCGCUCGUGAACGGGUUAUGCGCGCCGGAGAGCCUCUCCUGGCCGGCAAUACCUGCCGCGCGCGCGGUGCACAGCACGCCCCGUUCGGUGUGGACCCGUUCGGUGGUAUCUAUAUACACGUGUGUAUAUGUCCUCGCACACGUACGCGUCUCUUUGGUGUGCACACGUAUACAUACACGCGAGGUGCGCGCGAGCGCGGAUACGCACACUCGCGCAUUUGCGCCAGCAAACACACAUAUUGCCGUAUAUACCACCACCGAGUAUUGUAUAAUGCAGCCAUUGAUAGCCGUCCUCUCUUUCACGCACGCGAUCUGUUGCAGUCGCUGCAACCCGUGUCCGGUGACAGCCUCCAGUGUCCAGUCUCCCUCCCGGUGAGUGUCCACAAGAUUUAUUUUCCCAGGCGAUAUACGGGGUGUCGUCGCGAAAACGGGACGCGCGCUCCCGGCCGCGAGAGCGAAAAAUUCCAAUUCGUCCCCCGAAUAUGAUUUGCGAGAAAUAAUGAUUGUCGGGCGUUUUCAGGACGGCGAGCGCGAUCUAAGCAGAAGUACUAUUUAGUGAGGUGUGACUUUUGUGGAUUGGAUACUUCUUGUUUUCCUUGCGCGCAUUCGAACGUUCAGGCCCUCACUUAUCGUCGAAAAUGGAAUCGAUUGGACUGAGGAUGUCCUCAAAGAGGAAGUCGCCACCAACGAAGCUAUCGGAGGGCGGGGGCGGUGCGGGUACAGUGGCAGGCGCCAACGAGGAGGAAGAGGACACUACCUCGCCGGUGGCCGGUUCCGGUGGCGAGGCAGCCGUCGUUGGUGAGGAGGGUGCCACCACCCCCGUCGACAUCGAGGAGUGCUACUCCCAUCAGAGAGGCGGCGAGUGCGAGUCGUCCGGCUGUUCGUCACCGGCGACUACCAGCGAGCCGGAUCUACGCGACUCGCCGUCGCCCUCGUUGAAUUCCUUGCGGGCGGCCAAGCGACAGAGGUUGCUGUUCCUAUCGAGCCAGGAGACCCUCGCACCACCGUACCACCAUCCUCACCACCAUCAUCAUCACCACCACCAUCAUCACCAUACGAACACGUCGUCGUCAUCGGGCGGUGCACUGGAACCGGCGAGCUCCUCGGAGUGCGGCUCGCCACCCACCCUCCUCUCCGUCGACCCCUAUUACCCCCAUCAUCCCCAUCACAAUAACAACAACAACACCGUCACGCAGAACAACAACAAUAACGGCAGUGGUACCACCGCUGCAGGCAGUAAAAGGUCCAUGGACGACGUUCUCAAAAGACUAACGUGCAAGAUGAACAGCGAAUCCCUGUCUAUCCAGGACGAUACUACCAAUACCAGGCGGACGUCACCGCCGCUCUCUUCUACGCCGACCGGUCACAAUGCACAUAGUUGCAGUGGAAGUACAAUCACCACCGUGGCAAAUAACGUGGCACUCUCACCUCCGGAUGCCGGAAGGAUAUCAAACACGGAGGCGCAAGUAGAACAGGACGGUGUGGCGGCCCUUCACAGGAUCCUCUGCGCCGAGAGCUUCGCUGAGAAGGAGCGCCGACUGUCAGAAAUGAUCCUGCAACUGCAGUUGCUUAGGGAGCGUUUGGUACAACAGCAAGAUCAAUCGAAGUCGUAUCCCGCUCACAUGACGGUCGACUCGCAGAAGCAAAUCGAGAUGCAGCGGCUGCAAACGGAGCACUUGAAGCGGCAGCAAGAGCACAUCAUGCAGCAUAACAUCCAGGAGUUGCAGGCUCAGAUGACAAAGAGCCAGCUGAGCAUGUCGGGGCCACAGUCGUUGAUGUUCCUGCCGUUUCUCGAGCAGCUCAGAGGGCUGCCCGUGCAGUCGUCCAUGCCACCGCCGCCGACCACGUCAACCGCCACCACCGGCAACAAACACAUCAACUCCAUCGCCAAUAUGAUCAGCAGCCAUCGAGAUGGUCCAAGCUGGGCGACCGCGCAUCUCGCGCAGAUGACCACGCAGAUGGAGAAGGAAUCGUCGUCGCCGGCGCCGAUCUCAUCCGCGGUAGCGCCGACGGCCCCGCCCCUUCAGGAUCUCGAUGCCCCGCUGAACCUCACCAAGCCGAAAUCGACGUCCUCGGGCGCCACGGCGUCUUCCUCGUCGCCCGGUAGCGACUCGCACUCGACCGGCGCCGGAAGCAGCGGCCAGCAGGAGCAGCCGUUGGCGGCGACCGCGCCCAAGCUUCCCGCCUUCCCGCAGGGACUGCCGAUACCGCGGAAUUACCUGCCGACGCUUUCCUACGCCGGCCUACCGCCGCAUCUCAGCAGCCUGUCUUCGCCGAUGGGCAAGGUAAUGGCCAAAGACGAUGCUGGCGGACCGGGAGGAUCCGUGGCGGCUGCUGCGGUCGCGGCCGUGGAAAAGCACUUCGCGAUGCACGGGUUGUACGGAUUGCCGUCGAACACAGGUGGGAUGCCGCCGUCGGCCCAGACUCAAAGACCGAUCAAGCAUUCUGGCUCUCGGGAGGAGACGCCGCAGGAAGAGCAGGAUUUUCUCUCGACGCCUCACAUGUGGCGAGAUCCGGGAUAUAAAGUAGCGGAAGACAUAACGGAAAAAGCUAAAAUGGUGAGGCAGCAGAAAAGGGAGAGUGAGAACAAGCCACAUAUCAAGCGACCUAUGAACGCAUUCAUGGUGUGGGCCAAGGACGAACGUAGGAAGAUCUUGAAAGCCUGCCCAGACAUGCACAACUCGAACAUAUCGAAAAUUCUCGGCGCCCGGUGGAAGGCGAUGUCGAACUCGGAGAAGCAGCCGUAUUACGAGGAACAGUCGCGGCUGUCGAAGCUGCACAUGGAGAAACAUCCGGAUUACAGGUACCGGCCGCGGCCGAAGCGCACGUGCAUCGUAGACGGCAAAAAGAUGCGCAUCUCCGAGUACAAGUCGCUGAUGCGACAGCGACGGCAGGAGAUGCGGCAGCUGUGGUGCCGCGACGGCGGCAGCGAGAUGAACUUCCUGUCGCCGGUGGGCGCCGAUAUGACCGGCACGCAGCAUCACCCGGGCACGGGCGCCGGUCCAUCGGCGCGGCCGUCGGUUUCACCGCCGGCGACGAUGCUGAACGGUGGCAGCGGCGCCGCCGGCCCGAGCUCGGACCAUCCCUCGUUUUAUUAUCCGCAGGACAGCCUCUCGCCUACGGACAUGAUGAGCUUCUCGCCCGAGAAUUCCGGCUCGAUCGGCGGCUACGACGCGAGUCCGCGACACCACGACGAGGAUUGA